AUGAAUGCACAGGAGGAAAGAGUUUUCCAAGAAUACCUGACAAGCCAGGGGACUGUGGUAAAGCCCUACUAUUGGCAGAGACAGAACCAUAUCUGUGCUAAGUGUCCCUACCACAUACGGACUGGUGAGGAGGCCAGAGUUCCUUAUGCAGAAUUUCGCAGGAUCUUUGGCUUCCCCUACAGAUCAAGAGCAGCUCUCCAGACCAAACACCUUCUCUUCUAUGAGCUAAGGAAUUUUUCAGGCAAAUUAGUCCAAAAAGGCCACGCUACAAACUGUACUGCCCAAGGCAGCCACCCUGAAUCUAUGCUGUUUGAGGCGGGUGGUUAUCUGGAUGCAGUCACGGGUGCCUAUGAAAACCGGGGCUGCAUUGUCCUCUAUUCUAAUUACUCUCCUUGUAACGAGGCUUUCCACUGCUGCAUAAGUAAAAUCUACAACUUCCUGCUGAAGUACCCAGAAAUCAAGCUCUGCAUCUUCUUCUCCCAGCUUUAUCACACUGAGGACAGUUUCCCCACGGCCACAUGGAACUGUGAAGCUCUGUGGAGCCUCUCCAGCCUGUGGCCUCAGGUGACCCUGCAGAGGCUGCCGGAGGGGACACGGCCUUACCUCCUCUGCAAUUUUGUGUAUGGCAUCCCAGGGCCAAUCCUUUCUCACCCAACUCCACCAUCAAGAACUUCAGCAGAUCAACAAAAUCUGCAUCAAAUGAAUGACUUCACAGGAACAAAACUGUAUUUUAGAGAAGCCUUUCCACAAGGGAUGCAGGGAAAGCCUGCUGCAUGGCAGAACUUAAAGGUCUUUUCUUCUCCUAGCCUGGCCUCCCAUCAGCCUUUCCAAGGGACAAAAGGCAGUCCACUACCUCCCACAUCUCAAAGCCACUUGGUGCAUUACCCAGGCAUGUUUUUCCCCUUUCAGAGGGAACAUCUCUACCCCAAACCUAAAAAUAUCAUAAGGCAUUUAAGAAUGCCAAAGAAAUAA